AGUCGUCGCCAGCGAGUGGUCGCGGGCGGACGUGCGUCUUGAGCUCUGUACCCGCGCGUGGCUCAGCUUGGAGGCUUCAACCAUGAGUGAGGAGAGCGGCCACUUGUUCGCCCCCGUCUGCCGUACUGCGCGUUUCUGUGAGCGGUUCCCCAUGGAUGGAUAGUUCGUGUUUUGCAACGAAGGGAGAAAAGUGCGUACGCGGUGAUUAGAGGAUCGAGUGUGUGUGUUUGUGUACAUAGUUGAAAAGAGGGGUUCGGAUACUGUCGCCCAAGAACGACCCUCCGAAACACGCAUCUUUAUUUGGUCGGCCCGCGCGGAUUUUCGACCUUGCAAGCCCGUGCAAUAAGGAGGGCACCGCGGAGGAUAUUUGCAACCAAAGAUUCCCCUCUUGAGAGAAAGGGAAGAAAAUAAAGAGAGAAAAGAGAGGCUGCACUGAGUCCAUGUGAGGGACACAGACAGCAGUCGUCCCUUGUUCCAUUCUAGUCACACUCAGCGGGAGUAGCGGAGAUAGUCAGCAGACAGAGCAGGUUAUUCCUCUCUCUCUCCUCCUCUUUGCCGCCCACCUGUGCAAUUUCCACGCCCGCGUUUCUCUAGUCAACACCCACCACGCCCAUCAGAAACUACCCCCCACACGCCCCAUAUCUCCUCGAGUACCCACACGUCGCCCUCAGCCUCACCUUGAGUGUAUCCCCCCGUUGAUACGUCGAGUGUGCUCCAAAUAUUCUAGUCUCUCCUGGCGUGAAGCUGGUAACUCUUCUCCUUCGACGAGGAAUUAUAGAAAGGAGAAAAAAAGGAACCGAAUUGCUUUGUGUAAUAGAUGAAAUAGUUUAUGAUUAUAGAUAAGAAAGAUAUUAUAGUUAAAAUCAUAUCUGACGAUUAUUUAGUUACUCUUAGUUCGUGCGUGGUGACUAGUGACUAACGUUUAGCGAUCGCGUUUUAAGACACUAAGAAGAUAAAAAAAAAGAUCGUCACGAUGAAAUACGGAGAUAAUUUCGUGCGUUCCAUGCGCCGCUCUCUGCGCAUUAAGAAGAGCAAGAGCGUCACCAUCACCAACAAUAACACCAUCAAGAGGAAAUCAGACUCGUUCGUCAACUCCCAGGAAUGGACGCUGUCCCGCGGCGUGCCCGACCUGCGGCUGGGCAUCGUAGGCUCGCUCUCCUCCGGCAAGUCCGCGCUCGUCCACAGAUACCUGACGGGGUCGUACAUGCAGGAGGAGAGCCCCGAGGGAGGCCGCUUCAAGAAGGAGAUCGUGCUGGACGGACAGAGUUACCUGCUCCUCAUCCGCGACGAAGGAGGCCCGCCGGAGCUGCAGUUCACGGCAUGGGUGGACGCGGUGAUCUUCGUGUUCAGCCUGGAGAACGAGUCAUCCUUCAAUGCCAUCUACAACUACUACGCGAAGAUGGCGCACUACCGCAACACGACGGAGGUGCCGCUCAUCCUCGUUGGCACUCAGGAUGGAAUUAGCGAGAACAACCCCCGCGUGAUCGACGACGGGAGAGCUCGGAAGUUGGCGUCGGAUCUCAAGCGGUGCUCCUACUACGAGACGUGCGCCACCUACGGACUCAAUGUGGAGAGGGUCUUCCACGAUGCCUGUUCGAAGAUCGUGGCGCAGCGCCUGAGCCAGCAGGGCCUCACGCCCAACAACUCCCGGCCAGGAACCCCGACGCACCUCCUGCGUUAUCCCUCGACCAACAAUGGCUACACCCCCGCCCCGUACUCCAACAUCUCGGCGCCUCUGACACCGCAGAUCACCUCCAGCCAGCAAGUGACGCCGCCCAUUUCCGGCUCCUCUCCUAGUCAUAUGUUCACCAACACAGUCGCGAAGGAUGGAACCCUAAGGAGCAGCCACGGAAGCGGCGCCGAGCUGACGGCCAUGACCCGCACCGACUCGUUCCGCGACGACGGCUUCAAGCGCGUGAGUGCGCCCGGGGCCGUGACGAGCGCCACCUUCAUGGCCCCCCCGCCGCCCCCCACCACCACCCCGGCCCCGGCCACCAUCAUGGACGCCAUCCCCGCGCCCAGGGACAGCAAGGACCUGCCCACGCCCAGCUCUACGCCCACCACGUCCAGGAAGAGCCGGAGAAAAUCGAACCUGUUCACGCCGUCGAAGAAGAGCGACGAGAAGGAGAAGAACAAGAACGGCGAGGUGGGCAGCGGGCGGGCCAUCCCCAUCAAGCAGGGCUACCUCUACAAGAAGUCCAACAAGGCCCUCAACAAGGACUGGAAGAAGAAGUACGUCACCCUGUGCGACAACGGACGGCUCACGUACCACCCCAGUUUGCACGACUACAUGGAGGACGUGCACGGCAAGGAGAUCUCCCUGCAGUACACCACAGUCAAGGUCCCCGGGAUGAAGCCCCGCGGGUCCAAGGUCGUGCCGGGCAGUGGGGGGAGCGACCCCCUGUCCGCGGAGAUGCACACCCUCAACAUCGCCUCGGUGGGCACCCCGGGGCCGCCGCUCACGGGCAGGUCGUCCCUGGGGGGGCCGCUGCAGUCAAACAAGGACAAGCAGGUGACACUCACUUCGUAUGAGACUCUCCACGACCCAGCAGGAGUCAAUGGAUUAGACUCCGCUAGCAUAUCUUCUAAAAUUGAGACACCUAAUGUUAAGAAGCGACACAGGAGAAUGAAAAGCAGUGGGAAUAAAAAUGCUGAAUGCGAAGACUCCGACGGCUACGAGUUCAGCCUGGUGUCCCUCGACAACAAGCAGUGGCACUUCGAGGCCGGCAGCCAGGAGGAGAGGGACGAGUGGGUCUCGGCCAUCGAGCAGCAGAUCCUGUACUCGCUUCAGGGCAACGAGUCGAACAAGAGCAAGACGCGCCAGGGGCACCCCAUUGACGCCCAGACCAUCGCGACGCUCAAGAACCAGGUGCCGGGCAACCUCCAGUGCGUCGACUGCGAUGCGCCGAAUCCCGAAUGGGCUAGUAUCAACCUUGGCGUGUUGAUGUGCAUCGAGUGCUCGGGAAUUCACAGAAAUCUUGGGUCUCACAUCUCGAAAGUCAGAUCUCUCGACUUGGAUGAAUGGCCGCCUGGACCCCUGUCGGUCAUGAUGUCCCUGGGUAAUGAAGUGGGCAACAGCGUCUGGGAGGCCCACACGAGAGGCCAGGCGAAGCCCAACCCACGUUCGAGUCGUGAGGACAAAGAGCGCUGGAUAAGAGCUAAAUACGAGGCCAAGGAGUUCAUUGCUAUGCCGCAGUCUGGCAUUCCUCUUAAUGAACAGAUUGUCGACUGCGUGUGUCGCGGCGAUGUCCAGAGACUGUCGGCCUUGUUGCCUCACGCCGGCGAUGCGGUGAACAGCCCCCUCGCCCCCCACCGCGACUUGAGGACACCCUUGCACUUAGCCGCAGCCUUCCCCUCCCUGUCCUGCGUGCAGCUUCUACUCUGGUACAACGCCAGCGUGAAGAUUUGCGACGCCGAAGGGAGGUCCAGCCUCUUCUACGCCCGGACGGCUGGCGAUAAGGAGGUGAUCGACCUGCUGCUGCAGAACGGGUGCCCGGACUCCGUGGUGGCCGCCCCGCCCAUCACGCCCCAUACGCCGGCGCUGUCCCACUCCACGUUCCCCCUCUCCACCACCACGCCGCAGCCGUCGACGCUGCCCCGCAGAAAAGGCUCGAUAAGCAGGAAGCCAGAAAUGCUCGACAAACUCCAAGCGAGUGUGAUAUAGUUCCGUGAGCCAGUGAUAAAAUAGGACGUUGCAGUUUUAAAGGGGUUUACUCUAUAUAUUAAAAAAAAUGAUGAUGGUAAUAAUAAUAAUAAUAAUAACGAAUUGAUUGUUUAGA